GGGGCUCAGAGAGGUUCAGUGAGUUGCCCCAGGGUGCCCAGCCGGUCAGUGGGAGCCGGGCCAGGGCUCUGGAUCUGUCCUGCCUGAGCCCGCAGAGACCCGAAACAAACCCUUCCAGCUCCUGGGGCUCCAGACGUGGCAUCCCUCCAACCUCUCCCUCGGACUUCACGUGGCCUCUCCCCUGUGUGUCUCAAAUCUCCCUCUUCUGUCUCUUGUGAGGAGGCCAGUCGUUGGUUUCACGGCCCACCUGGGGAAUCCAGGGUGCUCUCCUUUUAAGAUCCCUAACUUAAUGACAUCUGCAAAGACCCUUUUUCCAGAUACGGUCCCGUCCGCAGGCUCCGAGGGUCAUGAUGCAUCUUCGGGGGCUGCUUUUCAGCCCAGCUUCCUUCGGGGCCUGGAGCCUUGUCCUGUGGUGUUGUGUUUCAGGGCCUGGCAUCUCUUCCUACGCCUCUGACCCUGCACAGGCUGGCGAGAGCCUGCAGGGCUGCCUGGAGGAGGCGCUGGCACUGAUCCCAAAGGCCAAGCAUCAGCAAACGCCCAUGUUCCUGGGGGCCACAGGUGGCAUGAGGCUGCUCAGCCAGAAGAACAGCUCUCAGGCGGAGGACGUCUUCGCAGCGGUCAGCCAGGCCCUGAGCCGGUCUCCCGUGGCCUUCUGGGGCGCUGAGCUCCUGGCUGGGCAGGACGAAGGGGCCUUAGGUUGGGUCACCAUCAACUACAUCCUGGGCCUGCUGGUGCAGGUGCCACAGACAGCCCCAGGGUGGGAGGGGCGCCCGGGGGGGUCAUCGCGGCCCCAGGACUCAGUGCCCCCUGUCUGUGGUCAGUACUCCUUCUCCGGAGAAUGGAUCCAGCCUCUGGAGGGGACGUCGGUGGGCGCCCUGGACAUGGGUGGGGCCUCCACCCAGAUCACCUUUGUGCCUGGGGGCCCCAUCCUGGACACCACCACCCAGGCCACCUUCCGCCUCUAUGGCACAGAACACAGCGUCUACACCCACAGCUACCUCUGCUUCGGGCGCGACCAGAUGCUGAACCGGCUCCUGGCCGGGCUGGUGCAGGUGGGCUGCUCUGCGGGAGGGGGGCGGGGCACCCUGCCAGGCGGGUGCUCAGAGGUGCCCCCACCCUCCCCGCAGAGCAGCCCGAGCCUCCUGGUGCGUCACCCCUGCUACCACAGCGGCUACCGGGGCACGCUGGCCCUGGCCCCCCUGUACGGGUCGCCCUGCGUCCAGGCCGCAGCCCCCCGAGACCUCGGCCAGAACCUCACUGUGGAGGGGACGGGGAACCCCGGGGCCUGUGUCGCCGCCAUCCGGGGUCUCUUCAACUUCUCCAGCUGCGACGGCCGAGGAGACUGCGCCUUCGACAGCGUCUACCAGCCCCCCGUGCGGGGACAGUUCUACGCCUUCUCCAACUUCUACCACACCUUCCACUUCCUGAACCUCACCUCCAGGCCGCCGCUGGCCACGGCCAAUGCCACCAUCUGGGAGUUCUGCCAGAGGCCCUGGAAGCUGGUGGGUGGAUGCGGGCCACCCGCCCCCCACCUGGGCCCCAGCUCCCUGGGCUGCAGACUCCACCGAGCGGGGACCCCGUCCCAGGCAGUGUGGCCGGGGGGCUGGGGGGCUCCAGGCAGGAGACUCAGGGGCACGCCUCCGAGGGGCGCCAGCCUUGGGGGCCCAGGAGGUGAGGCCUCAUGGGGCUCCUGGCCUCCCGGGCCCCCAGGUGGAGGCGAGCUCGCCCGGGCAGGAUGGCCAGCUGCGCGACUACUGUGCCUCGGGCCUGUACAUCCUCACACUCCUGCUCGAGGGCUACGGGUUCAGCCAGGAGACCUGGGGCGGCAUCGAGUUCCGCGAGCAGGCCGGUGGCACCAACAUCGGCUGGACGCUGGGCUACAUGCUGAACCUGACCAGCCUGAUCCCGGCCGAGGCGCCCGCCCAGUGGCGGGCACAGAGCUAUGGCGUCUGGGUGGCCGGAGUCGUCUUUUUGGUGCUGACCGUCACGGCCAUUCUCGGGGCCACUGUGGUGCAGCUCUGGCUCCGGGACUAGGCUGGCUGCCACCUGAUGCUGGAAGGCAGAGGCCUGAGCUGGCCGGAGGCUUCCUGAGCCCCGACCCCCAAGGCUCGCCCUGUGGGCGCUGGCCCCAUGGUCACAUGGCCCCCUUUUGCCGUUGGGGUCAUUCUGGCCACGGAGGCUGUACCGUGGCCCCGACCAUGGCCUUCAGGUGCCGGCGCCCCAGCGGGUUUCCCAUGUUGCACGAGGGCUGGGCCAUCGCGACCCCUGCAGCCCUCAGGGCUGUGUGACUGCAGACCUACGGGUUCAGGGCCAGGCCAAGCCUGGGGGUAGGGGUGACUGCUGGAGGUAGAGGGGCCGGCUCUUUGGGAGGGGCCGGCAGCGGGCCCUGGCCUCUCCAGGAGCUGGCAGAGCCAGUGUUCAGGCUCUGUGGGCUUUUCCCAAAGCAGCCACCCCACACCCUCGGAAGCCUCAGUCAGGUCCCCUCAGUGGCCAAGCCCAGAAGACGGACCACACCUUGGGGGGCAGAUCGCCUUUAUUAAACCCUC